UUUAUUACGUAUUCACACGUUGCCGAACGUAGAAGUUAGAACUGCUGUCUAUCGCGUAGCUACUUUUAGUAGGUGGCGUCCGGUUGUGUUGUAUCUGUGUACCGGGGUAUUUGUGCAUCCCGAAACCUUACAAUAGGCUGGAGCAAGUGUCAUCCUUUUCUGUUCGGCCAAGUUAUGUCCAUUUAAAGGGGUGACCCACAAUCGCACACAUAUUAGUGGUCGAGGAUCCCGUGAAAAGAAAUGUGAUUCAGACAAAGUCGGGUCGAAGAAGAAACACCAGCUCUAGGUUAGACACAACAACAAAGUACGGCUGAAAGUGGAGUGGAAUUAAUAAAAUUAUAACCCAUUUCUUGUGUUUUUGGUGGCUCGGUAGAAGGUAGAGAAGAAAAAAAGAAACCGAGAGAAUAAUAAUACUUGUGGGAUUCCUCGGUAGUGAUAGACCAGCUUAUUGUUGUUGGAUGUUGGCACAGCAAGAAAUAUAUCAAUAAGACGACCUGGUGGAAACCGGUUUCUCAUCUUCUGCUACAUCUUGCCGAAGAAAUCUCCAAGCAUCGUCAUUAUCGUCAUCAUCAUUAUUAUCGAUUAGUUGGCUUUUCGCAGAUUUCCGUUUUCCCGAAUCGUGUUGGCUAGUUGUUCCAGAAAGCAUCACAUCGAUUGAAGGAUAUUUAAACCCAUCCGAAUGAUGAUUCUAUUGCGAAGCACAACGAAAAAUUUUAAUUUUCUGCAGUGAAUCCUCCUGACACCCUUUGUCUGUUCUUUCAAGCUAUCUCGGAAGCAUCGUUUUUACGUUAUUUUUUUAUGCUCAGGCAACCAGAAGUGGAAUAUCGAUUUUGAAGUUUAUCUUUGUAUUUUCCUUUAUAUUUUAUUGCCCAACGUGGCCAGCGUGCAAUUCAAGCGCAUCAUUACGGGGGAAAAAGUGCUUACUUGAAUCUUCGGUGGCAUGGUAGUGGUGUAAAGUGAAUAUUUUAUCCGGUAAAGAAGAAAUACCGAAGGUCAUCCAGCGAAAACGGUGGCCGUGACGGCAAAAGUGUAGUGUUAACUGUUGUAUUCUUCACACCCGGUGGCCCAAGGAUUGCCGUGUUGGAAGCAAGUCGCAUCUAGUGGAAGCAGUGGUUUCAGGAUUUGGCAGUGCUGGUUGAGACUGGACGAGUACCAACCUAAACCAGCAGAAGGAUCAGGAUACAAUUACCACCAUUACUACCGCCAACAAAAACAUGAAAAUGGUGUUGUCACAACGGCAGCGCGAGGAGCUUAACCAAGCGAUUGCCGAUUAUCUUGGAAGCAAUGGUUACACAGACGCUCUCGAUGCAUUCAGAAAAGAGGCAGAUAUGCCGAACGAAAUCGAACGAAAGUACAGCGGCCUGCUGGAGAAGAAAUGGACCUCUGUGAUACGGCUGCAGAAAAAAGUCAUGGAGUUGGAGGCCAAACUUUCCGAAGCGGAAAAGGAAGUGAUCGAGGGAGCACCCACAAAAGCCAAGCGCACGCCCACCGAUUGGAUACCGAGGCCACCGGAGAAGUUUGCCCUUGCCGGUCACAGAGCCACAGUAACGCGGGUAGUGUUUCAUCCAGUAUUCAGCAUGAUGGUGUCUGCUUCGGAGGAUGCCACUAUCAAAAUAUGGGAUUUUGAAACCGGCGAGUACGAGCGGACACUCAAAGGUCACACAGACUCCGUGCAAGAUCUUGCCUUCGAUUCACAAGGAAAAGUUUUGGCCUCCUGCAGUUCCGACCUGUCGAUCAAACUGUGGGAUUUCCAGCAGACAUAUGAGUGCGUCAAAACCAUGCACGGACACGAUCACAACGUAUCCUCCGUCUCGUUCGUUCCGGCCGGCGACUAUCUGUUGUCCGCUUCCAGAGAUAAAACCAUCAAAAUGUGGGAAGUAGCAACCGGGUAUUGCGUGAAAACCUUCACCGGCCAUCGAGAAUGGGUACGGAUGGUGCGAGUCAAUGUGGACGGUUCAUUGAUGGCGUCUUGCUCAAACGAUCACUCUGUUCGAGUCUGGCAGACGAACUCGAAGGAGUGCAAGGCCGAACUACGAGAACACGAAAACACAGUAGAAUGCAUCGCUUGGGCGCCCGAGUCGGCGGCUGCGGCAAUCAAUGAAGCAGCCGGAGCAGAUAACAAAAAGGGAGCCCAUCAGGGGCCAUUCCUUGCAUCCGGGUCUAGAGAUAAAACAAUCAGGAUUUGGGAUGUCAGCUCUGGGCUGUGUCUGUUCACACUCGUUGGUCACGAUAACUGGGUACGCGGUAUAGUGUUCCACCCCGGUGGUAAAUACAUUAUUUCCGCCAGUGACGAUAAGACGUUACGCGUCUGGGAUUUGCGCAACAAGCGCUGUAUGAAGACACUGUAUGCUCACUCACACUUCUGUACAUCCCUUGAUAUGCAUAAGUCUCACCCGUUCGUCAUAUCCGGCAGCGUAGAUACGACAGUGAAGGUUUGGGAAUGUCGCUAAUCGAACAUUCGCAGGACGUGUGUUUCCGUAGUCGUUUUUUAUUAACUCGAUAGUGAUGGGAAAUGAAACAACCGCAGCAAUGUGGCAUUAGCAGCUGAGUAGCCCUGGAGAUAUAUCUAUUUGGUAACAACUUUAAACAACAAGCAAAAAUACGCUAACAUUCUGCAUAUACACAUGAUAUUGAACAACAACAAUGAAAAACUACAAUGGAAAUAAUACCAGUAAAAUAUUUAAAUAUUAAUACCUUUCUUUCCUUCGUUCAUUGAAACACCACAUGCAGUUAAUGUUUCAAUAGUAUGAAGUUUGGAAUAAAUCGAAGCAGCAACAAUACUGAAUGUAGUAGUACGACACACAGUCAAACUAAAACAACAAACAUAUUAUCAUAUUAUAUUCUUAUAAUUACUAUUCAUAGCAAGUAGAAUUCAUAUUGGAAGCUAAAGCAGCAUAAAAAAUCAGUAACGUUACGAUCGUAUAUGCACUUGAUUUUGGGUAAGAACAAAACAAGUGAUUCGAAGAAACGGCCUCAGACUUGUGACACCAAUAUGCGAACCGAACCGUUGAGACAGAUUGUGAACAUAAGCAAAGGACGAACAUCGCAGGAGACUUCUGGGUAAAACGACGAACACCGAAAUCGAACGAAUAUUUGGGAAAACAAUUCGGGAAUGGUCGAAAGUGUGAUGAUUAUUUUUCUCUUGUUGUGCACCGUGGCGCAAACGUUUGUUCGAGUCUCUGUAUUGAUUGCCAGAUAGCCGGGGCGGUUUCGAAAUUGUUUUGAAAACAUUAUGCUGAUUUGCGACAUACCGUGUAUGUUGCGAUUUAUCAAGUUCAAAAUCGUAAAAGCGAGUUCAGAUUUGUAGAUUCGAAGUACACAAAUCACCGAUAAACUACAAAUCUAGUUUAGCUAACGUUAUAUAAACUGUAAUGCAUUUAGCUUUCUCUCCGACGUUACCUGAAGAGCCAUUUUUGUUCACAACAGUUGUCCAAAUAAGUUGCUCAGUGGUCAAAUGAAACGAUUUGCUGCGAAUUCGUUCCCUAUAGUUUACUCUUCGGUGUGAUCAACGUCAGCGUUGUUUCGUUCCGUGUACAUACAUAAUUAUACUCAUAGCGGCCCGAUUUAGAAAUAUUUUUGUAACUUCUCACGAACAUAAGCCAAUUUAUUUUUUACCGAAUUACCGUACUAUUUUGCCACUUCUAGUAAUAGAACAUUUUCCUCCUGUUGCCCUGAAUCUUAUUGAAUAAAUAUUUAUAGGGAAGGGUAAAGGCAAAUGAGUGUGAAUGUACGAGCAUGAGAACGACGAAUGCAAAGCAUGUGCCGAGAAAACAAGAGGAAAUAAUCUUCGAAUACAUUCAGUCCUUUCUGUAAAAAAUGCCCAAGAUGACAUAUAUCCUAACUGAUCUACCGGGGAAUACAUGUUUACUAUGAGGAGGUGAAAAAGAGGAGAGCAAGGAUUAUUAAGUUAUUGAUUAUAAUUAAUGGUAAACUAUAUGAGAAAGUAAACGAUAUAUUAAAACUCUGGCUACAGUUCUAACCGAUAACAUGAAAAUACUGCAUUCUUUGAGAAGAGAAAAGCGUUUUAAAUUAAUGAUAAAGAACAGCAACAUGCUUAAAAGCUUCGACUCAAUUCCUAACACGCUUUAAGCUAUCAACGCACUUUAAACUUUUCAAAAACACACUAACUAAUCCAAUUCGGUUAUAUUUUAAUAUUUCUGGCCCAAAAAAUGUACUUUAAAACAGCAGCGCUUUUUUCAAAUAUUUUUCCCAGCUGAGAGGGAGAAGCACGCCUACAGCAUGUAUAGCCAAUUUUUGUUGAUUCUACUACUCAAAAGUAGCAAUCAUAGCUUGUACAUUAUUUUGCUCAAUUUUUAUUUCGCGCCACCGCAAAGAUCCCAAUUCUCUUUUCACGCAACGAAAAGAUGAAAAGGGAUUUUGUUCGCAAAGCAAAAAGUUCUGAUAACUUAGUUUCGUGCUAAUUAUUUUGAGUCUGUUUUGUAUAAAAAAUAAGAUUUUGAACGGUUAGUUUCAUUUCGUGGAAAUUUCUUUUCGGAGUUCGUAUUUUGCUAGCAAACACUCAUCGUGACGUUUUGAGUGUCGAACAUUAGGCGAGUAAGUUUCCGUUUCGACGAAAAUGAUUUGAUUUUAUUUUAAGCGAUCCAGCAAAUAAAAUUUACAAUCAUGACUAGUCGAGUUAUGCGGGUUGACGACGACGGGUUCAUAUGAACUGCAUGGAAACUUUAGCCGAAAUUCAACUCCGGUAAGAGCUUCUCAAUUUGUUCUACCAAUAAGAAUUCGCCGACGGUAACAAUUUGACAUAAUUAGGUUAUUCGAACGAAAGAAGAUUUUAGCAGACGCAGCUGUGAAUUUUUUUUUAAAUGAGAGUGCAAAUACUUUUAGAUUUAGUGUUACGGAUAACUUGGCAAUCGAAAAAACAUGCAAAAUUAUUAUUCUAUUAAAUACGUUCUGUUGACUUCUACGAUAAAUAUCAAUAGAAAUCAAGGUUUUUGGAAAACGAAAUUAAGACAAAAGCUAAUCUUUUGAGGUACGAUGAUGAAAUUGAUAAACUACAUACAUGUAUUUCAAACAUCUUUAAGCCAAAAGUUACAAUUUCACAUGCAACAUUAAAUUUUUUACAUUUUCUGACUACAACUCCUUAUGUGAAAACAGCGUACUUCGCUUUGUAAAUACUAUUGAAAAUGGUAAUAACAUAUAUUUAAAACCAA